GGUUGUCAAACCGGUUUGUGCCGGUUUAGCAAGUGGAAUGGUUCGACCGGUGGUCCAUGAAUAUUAAAAUGUUAUUAAUUAGUCAAAUGUUAACUUUCGGUUAGAAAUUCUGUUAGUAAUAUUGUAUUGAAAACAUGACACUGAUACUAACUUGGAAACAGUUAGGAAUUUUCGUCCGGUCAUUAUCAAAUCGAGUCCGGAUCUGGUGACUAAGGGGGGGUGCUUAGUCACAUGGCUAAGCUCCCCUCAGCCCUUAGAUUAGAAUGGGUAGAUCUAAUGGUCCAGAUGAAGGAAGGGUUAAUAAUUAAUCAGAGGGGUAGUUUUGGCAUUUAAAAAAAAUAAUUAAAUCCUGUUUUCCAUUUUAUUUAUUUUUUCCUUUUUCCCCUCUCCAAUUCUCUCUUCCUUUCCCGUUGUAUUGUCCAGAGAGAGAGACGAGGCGAUUCUCCAACGAAGGGCGAGGCAAUUUUCUCCGGCGAACGGCGAGGCGAUUCUCCAGCAACGACGAGCCGAUUUCUUCCCGACGAAGGCCAAGCGAUUUUCUCUCGGCGAUCUGCGAGGCGAUUCUCUAGCGAACGCCGCUACGCUGGAGGAGAGAGAGGCGGCAGCCUUGGAGAGAGAAAGUAGAUCUACUCGUCGGAAAACAGAGGAGAGAGAGACGAUGGUGAGGAGAGAGAGGCGGCGGAGAGAGCUUCGACGACGAUGGAGGAGAUAGAAGCGGCGCGGUGAUGGAGAGAGAGAGGUAACGACGGCUGUAGAGAGAGUCGACGUCGACGGCGGCAGCGGCGGCGACGUGGAGAGACAUCGUAUCGUCAUCUGAAGGAAGAACAGUGAUUUGUAUAGUUUGUAUGUUUUGUAACAUUAGUUUGUAUUGUUAGUAUUUUUGUACAAAAUGUCAGUAUGGUUUGUAUGUUUUUCUUUGACAGUUUGUACUCUUAGUAUGUUUUUCUUUGACAGUUUGUAUUCUUAGUAUGUUUUUCUUUGACAGUUUGUAUUCUUAGUAUGUUUUGCUUGUAUUCUUAGUAUGUUUCGCUUUGUAUUGUAAGUACUAAUAAUUUGUAUACUUUAUAUGUAUUGAUUUGUGAUGCAAAAAACAUUACAAACAUGGUUGACAAAAAUGACAAACAUGUGGACAAAAAUAACAAACAUUACAAACAAUACAAAAGAAACCAACAAACAUUACAAACAUUACAAAAUAAAAAACAUUACAAACAUUGCAAACAAACAUUACAAACAUUACAAACAAACAUUACAAACAGUACAAAGCAUACUACACGUACAGAAUAUCACUACUUACAAUACAGAUUGGUAAACUUGUAUUACAAACAAAUGAAUACAAAGUAUACAAAUCAUAACAUAAAAGUAUACAAACUUGAAUAACAAAAGUUACAAAUACAAAUCAAUGAAUAGAAAGUGUAUAAAUCAUAACAUAAAGUAUACAAACUAGACAAACAAACAUUACAAACAUUACAAUGUAUACAAAAUAGUAAUAUAAACAUUACAAACAUCACGAACUCAAUACUGUUGCCGGAAAAUCAUCCACCACCGUCUCUGGUCGCCGGGAAACUGCUCCGCCGUCGCCGGAAAAGUUCUCUCUCUCUCUCUCUCUCUCUCUCUCUCUCUCUCUCUCUCUCUCUCUCUCUCUCUCUCUCUCUCUCUCUCUCUCUCUCUCUCUCUCUCUCUCUCUCUCUCUCUCUCUCUCUCUCUCUCUCUCUCUCUCUCUCUCUCUCUCCGUGUGGGAAGCCACAAACAAAUGGGGAGAUAUAAAUCCCAUAUCCCGCAGGAACAAAAUUCCUGGUCGGCGGCGCAUCCCCAUCCCUGGCCGUCGGUGCUGACUGGGACGCCGGGAACCCAGGAGGAACGAAAAUCACAAGCCGCCGAUGAUGCCCGGACGGUGGAAACCCAGGCGGAAAAAAGAAAAUACCGCCGGCGGCGGGAAACAGAAACAGACGGCGGGCGGGGGCAAGAUGCAGACCGGCGGGAGGUAGCUGGGCCUGGGCGGUUGUUUAUUUUUUAUUUUAAUUUUUAAAUAAAUAAACUAUGUAAUUACCAACUUAUCCCUCAUUAAAGUAGAUUAAUUUGAACCAUCAGAUUUUAAUGAACCUUAAUGGUUGAGAUUGACUUAGUCAUGUGACUAAGGGACCCCCCCUUAGUCACCUGAUCUUAGCCCUUAUCAAAUCAUAUCCCUACUACAUCAUCAUGAGAGUUUAUAAUUUAUCGAUUAAGCUUUUAUUGUAAAGCACAUCCUCUAAAAAUAAAGCAUUUUCCUACUCCAAAAAUAAAAGGGUUAGUAUAGUUGGUCAUUGAGAUUACAAAAAAUGUUCAAGUUUAGUCACUCGAAAUAUUUAAAUUCAUAGGUGGUACUUCACUUUACAAAACACAUGUUCACGUUUGGUCACUCUCAAUUAGCUGCCAACCAUCUCCAUUAAAGGAGUCUGUUAAGUGAUGACGUCGCGUAUGGAAUCGUCUAAUCGACACUAUUAAAUUCGAAAAUAAUCCGACCCGACCUGCCAAGUCAUUGAAACCCGCCAGCUCAUCUAAACCUACCAAAACCUCUAACCAGAUCCAACCCGACACACCAACCCAACUACCCACCAAAAUGAAAUCCCUAAUUCUCCCCUGUCGCCACCGGUGCGGGGACAAACGACCAUCGACUUCAAGCCCAAACAUCUUUACGAAAAAUUAUAUAUUUAUAGCUUGUAUUUUUUUCAUUUUGAAUAAAAUACACAGCCAAUAGUAAUACUAUUACUAUGUAAACAAAAAUAAUCCAAAUUUUGAAUUCCAAAUCUCAAAUAAAGAUUGUCUUGUCCAAAGGGAAUCCUAGAUGAAGUUUCCAAUGAAAGGAUUCCCAAACAGUCAAAAUUGGCUUUGGGCAGUGAACUAUUGAUAAUAGGAGCUGCAUUUCCUUGUUGCUUUCCCUCAAGCACUGAGUCAGGUCACAUCUCAACGGCUGGAAAAACAGUCCACCGUCCGGUCAAAUCAAUUCAGAUCAUAACCCUUCCCUUCCGGUCUCGGAGACAGUUAACAAUUACCAUUUAAUUUUUUUUUUUUUAUUAUUAAAGGGAGGCAAAUGCCACUGUUACAAGCCGAUCAGCCUGUAACACCGUAGCCUGGCCGAGCACUACUUUUACCAAAUUGCCAUCGAGAAAUCAAAAUUUAUUCAAGGCAAAAGGAAUGAUUUAAAAUAUCAUAAAAUAAUUUCAAAUCACCAUAGGAACAUCUCGUUACAAAAUCAUAAAUCAGUAUCAGUCUCAAGCUUACUAAUAAUAAGAUUACAUAAGUGAAAGUGGUUCAAUUGGAAACUUCUGAAAUCACUAACCCUUGCGACGAACGAUGACAUCUCGAGCAACAACUUUAUCUUAGUCGAUGGUCCGAAUACUCAUGCUUGCUUGCAACUCCUGAAUGCGGGCGUUGGGGUCAGUCCUAAUCCUAUAUUCCAUUCUUUACAUAUAUAUAAUAUAUAAAAUCAAGCAACAUGCAUAUGGGUGCAAAUGUGAUGCAAUGACUUAGUACAGUAUUAGGAGUACAUUAUUAGGAGUUCUUGAACUUGUAAUUCUUCUUCACUUUCUAGGUAUCUUGCAUAUUUUAUCUUAUGACGGGGCCCCUACCUCUCUGCUUAACUAGCGUCACUGCCUGCUUAACACGAGUUAUGACCACCGCGUUAUGUAUCGCCGUCCGGUGUCAAAACUGAGGUAUGCCAACCGCGUUACGUAUCGUCGUCCGAUUGCAUACCUAAACAUGGGCAAUGAAAACUGCGUUAUGUAUCGCAGUCCAGUUCCAUGCCUUAUCAACUAUUGUGUUACGUAUCGCCGUCCAGUAGUGAUCCAUCGUGAAAGUGGCUAGCUAAGCGAUAUUAACUUGUUCUUACUUAUUAACUUGUUGACUUACACAUGCUUGCCUUAAUUAACCUCUCACCCAAGGAGAAAUAUAAUUAACUCGUACUUCCUUACAUACUUGAGGAACUUAGUGAUCUCCCACAUUAUGGGAAGAUCCAACUUAAUAACUUGCUUAACUUAGU